CUGAAUUCAGUCGCAGGACACUCGCAUUUGCAUGUUGCACGCCAACGAACUCACUGCACUAACCAGCCAGCCGCUGCUCCAGCUCCACCGUGACAACCAUGUUCUCUGCUGUUCGUCGCUUGGCCACCGUGCCCGCAGGCGCACCCUGGGCGCUGGGAAAGCUGAACCACGUCGCUGUGGCAGUGCCUUCUCUUGAGAAGAGCGUGGCCCUCUACCGUGAUGUGCUCAAGGCAAACGUCAGCGAACCGCAGGCGCUGCCAGAGCACGGCGUCACCACCGUAUUUGUCAACCUCGGUGACACAAAGAUUGAGCUGCUGGAAGAGUUGGGCGACAAGAGUCCAAUCGCCAAGUUCAUGGAGAAGAACCCGAGCGGUGGCAUGCACCACAUCUGCAUGGAGGUGAGCGACAUCAAGGCCGCAAUGCAGCAAGUCAAGGACAACGGCAUCCGCACCCUCACACCAGAGCCAAAGAUUGGCGCUCACGGCAAGCCCGUCGUCUUCCUCCACCCAAAGGACUGCAACGGCGUGCUGGUCGAGCUUGAGGAGGAGUGAUCAUGUGCUUGAUCACGUGUCCGACUUCACCACCCGCUCCCCUCUUCUUUCUUGCUCUUCGUGCCCGAAACAUGCACACCUGUUCCCCACACCGGUGACCAGCAGCUGCGAUGCUUCUUCAACAUAAAUAAAGGAUUGAUCAUCAAA